AGUCCAGCAGAAUCUCAUUGUAGCCGUCCAGUAAGCAAACCGUUUCAGGAUCUCCAUUUCACUGAAGCGAAUAUUUCGGGCUUUCUUGAUAAACGGCAGUUCCCACGCGUACAGCUUGAGUAUCUUCAUAUUCGUCAGUAUCUCUCCCAUCUGCUUAAGACGAGAAUCCUUCAGUUGCAUCUGCCGUUCUUGAAGCUUGCGGCAUCGUUGAGCGAUCGUGCCGGUAAUGGGCAUCAUGAUAACGAUGACGAAAAUCCCCGCGAGGCAAGAAGGACCAAGAAAAUGCCACAGAAGUGAUCAUGCCGAAAGUGAUGAUCCGCCUCUCAGCCCGAAGAAAUACAUUGUCUUCGAGAGCUGUCUUCUGCAGCUGUUCCAGCUUUGCAGCGAGUGUAAAUCCCCCUGCAGAAUAGUGUUCAGUGUGCAGGGAACACUUGUUAUGGUGACUGCCACAUGUCCAUUGGGACACAGUAUGAAGUGGUCAAGCCAGCCCGAGAUCAACAGAUUUGCUGCAGGGAAUGUCCUACUUUCUGGGGCAAUCCUAUUCAGUUGAGCUGGCCCGACAAAGGGAUGUCUUUAGUGUCCGUCUGCAGUGUCCGUAGUGGACGUCUACCAGCGAGGAUUUCUUCUGCCAGCCAUAUCAGAGACUCUGUGUCAAAUCACAAGCUUGUCAAGAUUGUUACGGACCCGAGGCUACUACGUGAUAUAUCGCAACUCUCCUCAGUUGGGCAAACGUCUUCCAUGGAGUCUUAUCAUGCAGUGUUGAUAAAGUUUGCUCCAAAGUCGACAGCCUGUACCCCAAAGGUCAUGAAAGACACAACUAGCUGCACUGUACUUCGACUAGAAUUCCUCCCGUGAGCACGCACGUAACCCUGAUGGACAGUUCAUGUUCCGGAGGGAGUUACAGAAGAGUAAGAAGGGAGCAGAAGUGGUGACACCGGUGAAGACUAAGGCCACAUACAGUAUGCAUAGUUCCCUAAGUUCAUACUAGUCCUUUUCGCAAGGUCACACAUAUGAAAUUUUUCUUGGACAGCCCGAGUGGAAUAACAUGCCGCAGCCUAUUUGCUGUAGUCUAUAUCUAUUUGACUCUUUUUUUCCAUUUGUGAUGGUUAUUUGUGUGUUGCCAUUUACUCUACCAUUGUAUCAUUAUCUGUGGUGUUGUGUGCAUUUAUUUAUUUAUUUAUUUAUUAUUUUAUACAGAUUCUUGGAUGCAGCUUGAUGAUUUCACUGUGUAAUGCAUUGCUUCCAUUUCAUUUUACUGUAUAGUUAGUUGUCAUGAUUCGUUGUGCAUUCUGACCACUCUAGACCUGCAGUACUUCCAAAUAAA